GUGGUUAAAUAUGGCACACCCAGACAGAAAAAGAAAGAACACGAGACAUGAACAGCAACAGCAACACCAACAACGUUGAAGGGCAAGGCCAACUGGGCUACUUCGUGAACCCUCUCAUCAUCUCCGGCGCCGGCAUCAUCUGCUCCUGCGUCGCCCUAGCCACGUACCACUUCAUCCUCUUCAGGCUCUGCCUUCAAGGCCGACGACAGUUGCAGCAAAUCCCUCAGCCAAUAAGUCCGCCCCCCGAGGACAUUCCCUGCGGCGUCGACCCUGAAAUCCUCAAGAAAAUCCCAAUUCUGCCUUACUCUCACAAGAAAGAUGACGCCUUUCGUUUGGACCAAACUGAAUGCGUUAUUUGCUUGGGCGAAUUGCAGGAUGGAGAAAAGGUUCGGUUAUUGCCUUCUUGUAGUCAUGCCUUUCACAUACCUUGCAUCGAUCUCUGGUUCGCUCAAAAUUCCAAUUGUCCCAUUUGUCGAGCGCCCUUAAUUAUAGCCCCUCCGCCGUCCCUGCCUGUGGCUUCAGAAACUGUUGUUGAUGCUGAACCAAGGGUCUGUCAUAUUCAAAGUGAUCACAACAUUGCCGCUUCUGGUUCGACGUCACGGGCCCCUCCCGGCGCCGCCACGCUUCAGCACUCUCUCUCUGUGGCGUAUCGUCACGAGCAGGAAAAGCCUCAGGAUUUGAUGGUAGGGAUGAAGAGGUCUCUGUCCAUGGAUCAUUCGUCGUAUGUUUCCGUCAGCAUACAAAGAGACGAGGCAAAUAAAGCUGCUGCUUCUUCUUCUUCUUCGCCCUCUGUCGCUGCAGGGAUUGGGAUUGCGCACGCUAAAGCGCUUGAUCACGUGUCGUCCAUGUUGAUGAUGUCUUUUGCGCAGUUUCGGAAUAGUCGAAAUGAUAGAUCCAAAGGCAUUCUACCGAAUUGAGAUAAUUAGGUUUUGUUUGAUGGUUCUCUUUUAAUGAGCCGGAUAUUGCGUUGAAUGGGCUUUAUUGUUCUUAUUC